CAUGGCCACCAUCAUGGCCACCACGAUACCCCCUCGCACGACUCAACAUACUCCAGCUUUACUGGUUUAUUGUUGCCGUUCACCGCGAGAUGGCCAUUGAUUCAUGCCAUCAUGACCGACAAAGACUCUAGGCGCAUCUUCUACUUCAUGGGAAUCAACUUCUCUUUCAUGGGUGUCCAAGCCAUUUAUGGCUACCUUACAGACUCGCUUGGCCUGUUGAGUGACAGCAUUCACAUGUUCUUUGACUGCGUCGCGCUCGCUGUUGGCCUUUUUGCGUCUGUCAUGAGCAAGUGGCCUCCGAGCGACAGGUUUCCGUACGGCUUUGGCAAGAUCGAGACGCUCAGCGGUUUUGCCAACGGAAUCUUCUUGGUACUAAUCAGUCUCGAGAUCCUCUUUGAGGGAUUUGAGCGACUUUUGGAAGGACGCGAGACCAAGAGGUUGUCGGAGCUCUUCGUUGUCAGCACCAUGGGCCUCGUUGUGAACCUUUUGGGCAUCUUCGCGUUUGGAUCUCACAGUCACGCAGGCCACGAUCACGGACACGGACACGACCACGGCCAUGGGCACAGCCACGAUCAUGGUCAUGACCACCAUGGCCACGGACAUUCGCAUGACAAUGAGAACCUGCACGGCAUUUACCUGCACAUCUUGGCAGACACGCUCGGCAGCGCGUCGGUGAUUGUGUCGACAAUCUUGACGUGGCUGAUGCCGUGGUCUGGGUGGGACCCGCUGGCCUCGCUCCUGAUUGCGUACCUGAUCCUCAUCACUGCGUGGCCGCUGGUGAAGUCGUCUGCGCGCAGACUGCUCCUGACAAUUCCCGAGGAAACGGAGUACAAUCUCCGGGAUACUCUGUCUGAGAUUUCCAACCAGCGCGGCGUGGCGUCGUAUGCAGUGCCCAAGUUCUGGGUGGACGACCGGACGGGGCGGGAGACCAAAGGCAAGCUGUUGGGGGUUAUACAUGUGGGAGUGAUCCGAGGCGCGGACCAGGAGGAAGUUCGGGACCGUGUGCAGACGUUCCUGGCGCGGCAUGGGGUGGAGCUGACGGUGCAGACGGAACGCGAGGGCGAUUCAACAUGCUGGUGCGGGAUGGGGAGG